GGUUCAUCACUGCAUUGAUUUUGGACUUGAUCAUAACAAAGCAGCUUAAGAACAUCUUUCCUGCUCAGCACACAAGAACCAUGAACCUGAAGUGCACCCAGUCCUAAAGAAGCAAACGCUACCAUGCAUAAAGUGGACAUUACAGAUGUUAAAAGGAAAGAAACAUCAAUGCAACAGAGCAGACUCUCCCAUGCAGACGCCGCUCUGCCCCCCUCCUUCCCUACCGACCCGACUAACCCGCUGACUCACCUGGGGACGCUGCUGCCCGGACACGACGCACCGAGGACCGGAGGAUGGGACAGGAGACUCGGCGCAGGCUUUCAAGGCUGCCAAUUUCUGGGAGGAGCAAGAGAGGCAAAAGAAGCUCAUGCAGACCAGAGCGUCACCAUUCUGCAUGCUAAAGUCGCUCAGAAAUCCUAUGGCAACGAGAAAAGGUUUUUUUGCCCCCCUCCUUGCGUUUACAUCGGAGGUCAUGGAUGGAGAGUCAUGCAGGAUCAUCUCAAAGCAGAGGGUUAUGGGGAUUCGGUUUAUCGGAUAUGCGGUUAUAUGUGUCUAGACACUUCAAAUCAGACACAGGCAGACACAUUUAAACUGGUCUUUGAUGAGCAACCAAACUCAAAGCGGCUGUUUGCUUGCGCAAAGUCUCUCUUCAUCUCCGAUCAGGACAAGAGGAAGCAUUUCUGCCUGCUGCUCCAGCUUUUUUUGGGCAACAGACAGGAAGUGGGAUCCUUCCAAAGCAGGAUGAUCAAAGUGAUCUCCAAACCUUCCCAGAAGAGGCAGUCCAUGAAGAAUGCUGACUUGUGUAUAUCCUCCUUCUCCAAAGUGGCUUUGUUCAACCGUCUACGCUCACAGACUGUCAGCACUCGUUACCUUUCUGUGGACAGAGGAGCUUUCAUAGCCAGCGCCAGACAGUGGACAGCCUUCACCAUCACCAUGGUGGAUGACCAGCGUGCUGACCAGGGCGGGUUUGUGCUGAGUGAAGGCUUCAUCUGUUAUGGUUCUGUGGUCCAGUUAGUUUGCACUGAGUCAGGACUUGCUCUGCCACCCAUGGUGAUUCGGAAGGUGAACAAGCAGCACGCUAUAUUAGAUGUGGAUGAACCCAUUUCCCAGCUCCAUAAGUGUGCCUUUCAGUUCAGGGACAGUCCCAAUGCUUAUCUGUGCCUAACAAAUGACACCAUCAUACAGUACCAGGCGCCGUCCAGCAUCAGGGACUCCAGCAGAGUGGUGCUAAAUGAAGGAUCCUGCUGGACCAUCAUUGGUGUGGAAGUGGUUGAAUUCACAUUUAAUCAGGGUUUGACCUGCCUUCAGAGUCCAGUUAGUCCUUUCCCUGUUAUUACUGGUUUGGAGGUGAAUGGUGGAGGACAUGUUGCCAUGCUGGAGAUCCAUGGAGAAAAUUUCAGCCCUCACAUCAAGAUGUUGUUUGGCAACUGCGAGGCUGAGACAAUGUUUAAGUCUCCCAAGUCCCUGCUCUGCGUCAUUCCUGAUGUUUCUGUUUAUAGUGACGGCUGGCGCUGUCUACGUCGCAUUAUCACCCUUCCUUUGUCCCUCAUCAGAACUGACGGCCUCAUCUAUCGCUCAUCCUACAGUUUCACCUACACCCCAGAGCUUCACCUGCCUCCACCUACUAGAGGAGCAGCAGGAGGCAGGGAAGGAGGGGCAGACAGAGGCCAGGAGGACGAGGAGGACAUCCUGUUAGAGACAAUUCAUCAGGAAUUCACUAGAACUAAUUUCCACCUCUUCAUCCAGAGUUAACCACUUUGUUUACAGUAAUAUAGCCAUAUGAUCAGUUACUUCUCAGCUUGCUCUAGUUAAGUUUUAUUAUAAUGAAGCAGAGAAAUAAGGCAUGCAUUCUGGUCCUGUUGAAUUGACUCAGUUACCGUACUAUACCUGUUAGAGUUCUGUGAAGGCCUAUUUCUUCUUCGAAAAAUAUACGUUAAAAAACUAUUUUCCAAUAUAAUAUAUAUUUUAUGCUUUGAAAAGUGUCACUUCUAUUACACUAUCAACAUUAGUACUAUGGUGGUGUUUCAGUUAACUUACUCUUCAGGAUGUUUCAGAUGCUGAAGUUUUCAUUUUUCACAAGAACAACUCCCAGUCAGAGUUUCUCAAUGGCACAAUUUACAUGCAUCACCCAUGCACUUAGAACAGAUCACAUAUUCCCAUUUUCACGUCUAAUAGUAAACCAGUGCAUCCUGAGCCAUGUUCUGUUUUGAAAGUUUCACUGGCUCAAAGUGCAUGAAAAAUAUCCACUA